AUGCCAAGAAGUGAAUCUCCUAUUGUGGUUCCACAAAAAAAGGUUUGCUUGCAGAAGGCUGAAGUCUUGGUCCUCAGAGCCCACCUAGAAGACUGGAAGUCUGUGAAAGGUAAAGAAAGAUCGAGGGUGCUGCUUGCCAUCUACAAGGAAGCGUCCCUCCAAGCUCCCACCAAGGAAAAGGCCCUGUUGAAAGCUCGGCGAAAGAUUUACGAGCAGUGGUUGCAGAACCAGUCUCGCCGGAGAGGAGCUGCAAAGCCCCUUAUCAAGUAUGGCCGUCAUUGGACGGCGAGGCAAGUCUUGAUUCACACACACAAAGCCUCGAUUCGACAGGAGACGGGAGAGAUGGCUGGAAGCGAGGGGAUGAUUACCAGAUGGCCGAAGGCAGCAAAGACAGUCAUUAAUCAUUUGUCGGCGGAGGAGAGAGAGGAAGCGGAGGCCAUGGCAGAGAAGUGGAACAACGAAGCGGUGCCGCCGGAUAUUCAGGCCGAGGUCGCCGAGAGCAAGGGCGCCAACAUGAUCGAGCAUUUCACGACUAAAAUGUUCAAGAAAGCUGGAAUGAGGGUCUGCAUCCUAUCAGCUUGGAAGGACAGCCAAGGCAAGCUUAUGUUGGGAGGCCACGACUUCAAUGAACAGUUCGGGGAUGGAGAGAGCUUUAUCAAGACAAGGGAUUGGGACAGCAUCAUCAUGCCUGAAUGGGUGGAAUAUGCGGGGGAGCAAUUUGGCGAGGCCAUGUGA